AAAUAGAAAUCAUUUAUUCUGCUGUGAGUGAAGAUAAAAGCUCUAAGAUAACAGCAAAUAAUAAAAAUCUUGAAAUAAUUAUUACUAAUAAAAAUUCCGAAGUAACUAACAAAAGUUUUGAAGCAACUAAUGAAAGUCCUAAAAUAAUUAUUAAAAGUUCUAAAAUAACUGAAGUUAAUAAAAAAUAUAAAAAAAAUAAUUCAGAAUUAUGA